AUUGAAAUGUGAAUAAUUCAAAGGGCCUACAUUUCAAGAUUUGGAAGUUGGAACAAAUUAUAUAUUAAAACGAAACAAGAGACCUGACUCCUAUUCCUUGUACUAAUUCCCCAUUCCAUCUGGUGCUCCAAUCUCUUUGCUGAGAUUUUUCCUCCAACAUCCAUCAUGCAUUUCUUUCUGCUCCAAUCGUUGUUUCCAUUUCUUUUGAUCGCUUCCUUCCUUUCGAUCAACGUCGAGUUAAGUCUAUGCCAGAAUCAACAAUUCACAAACUGCAGCAGCAAUAUCACUUGUGGUAGCGUCGGAGGCAUAUCCUAUCCCUUUUGGGGGGUAAACCGAGCUAGUUACUGUGGUCAACCCGGAUUUGAGGUCCAAUGCCUAAACAACUUCCCUGUGUUCAACAUGAAGGGUGCGAGCUAUAGAAUUCUCCAAAUGAACACUACAAAUUCUCGGACCGUUAAGGUCGCUAGGAACGAUUACUGGGGUACUAUUUGUCCUCAGACUUUUGUCAACACCACCCUCAACUUCUCUCUGUUUGAUUAUGUUUCUGGUUAUAGAAACAUGACGUUUUACUACCAAUGCUUUGCCGCCAUAACGCUUCCUAGUCCGCAGUCCUGCAACAUAAGCAAUACAGUGAACCCUGUUUACUAUGUGACACAACCGGUGACAGUUGGUCAGGCAUAUUCUGUGAGCUGUACACAUGAGGUUAUUGUUCCCGUUUAUGAAGAAGCUGCUCUUGCUAUAGAGGCCGCCACUGUGCGCAGUCAAACAAUUGUCACCGAUGCGGUAGAGGGGGGUUUCUCACUGCAAUUGGAGAUUGACAACGAUGAAUGCGACAAAUGUUUGGGAUCAGGUGGACAGUGUGGGCUUGACAAUACUACUAAUUCUGGAUUCCGUUGCUUCUGCGCAGAUCGAGCCUAUGCAUCCACAUGUAAUGGAACUAGUACUUCAAGUCAAGGCGGAGGUAAAGGAAAGCCAAUAAAGUUAAUUGCGAGCCUUACGGUUGUUUGUUUUAUCGGUGUAUUGGGUGCCAUAGUGUUCGGUUUCUGCAGGAUGAGAGCUAAGCAAAAAGGACACAUCAAAUUAACAAGGAAACACAUCAAAAUAACAAGGGACACCCUUCAAGAAUAUAUAGGUGGAAAACAUGAUCUGUCUGAGUUAAUGAUCUAUGAUUUUGAUAGCAUAUUAGUUGCUACGGACAAUUUCAGCAUAGAAAACAAACUCGGGCAAGGAGGCUUUGGUCCAGUUUAUUGGGGUAAGCUAGCAGAAGGGAAGGAAAUAGCAGUAAAAAGACUAUCCAGUACCUCAGGGCAAGGUGUAGUGGAGUUCAAGAAUGAAAUGUUAUUGAUCUCCAAUCUCCAACACAAAAAUCUGGUCAGAAUCAUGGGUUGCUGCGUUAAAGAGGAUGAGAAGUUACUGAUUUAUGAGUUCAUGCCAAACAAAAGCUUGGAUACUUUUCUUUUCGAUUCGACGAGAAGAGUAGUGCUUGAUUGGGGUACACGUUUUAAUAUUAUUCAAGGUGUUGCCAGAGGGCUUGUUUAUCUCCAUCACGAUUCGUAUUUGAAGGUAAUACAUAGAGAUCUAAAAGUGAGCAACAUUCUUUUGGAUGAGAAAAUGAACCCAAAAAUUUCAGAUUUUGGAUUGGCACGUUCAGUUGAAGGGACACAGAAUUUAGAAAAUACUCAGAGAGUUGCCGGAACGCGUGGAUAUAUGUCUCCGGAGUAUGCCAUGGGUGGAAUAUUUUCUCAAAAAUCUGAUGUCUACAGCUUUGGGGUCUUCGUAUUGGAGAUUAUCAACAGCAAGAAGAAUACCGCCUUCUAUAUCUAUGAUCGACAGCUAGGCUUACUAGCCUAUGCAUGGCAGCUAUGGAAGGAAGGCAGGGAAUUGGAGUUGGUAGAUGAAAUGCUGGCGGCUGAAUCAUAUUCGGCUUCAGAAGUAAUGAAAUAUGUGCAUAUUGGGCUGCUUUGUGUACAGGACAAUGCGAUGGAUAGGCCGAGCAUGCAGGAUGUAGUUUUUAUGCUAAAUGGUUCCACAACUGUAAUUGGUGGUGCACAACCUAAGCAGCCUCUAUUCACUAUCCAAAACACAGUCUCUCAUCCUCAACCACAGCCUUCGAAUACUUUCCUCACAAAUGAAGCUACAACGACACUGAUUGAAGGACGCUAGAUGUAUGCUCCUGACAGUGGUGGAGGUUGGCCAAUCCUGCUUGCUUAUGCGGCAUAUCUGUAAUGCCCCUUAUGUUUGUGACCGGAGACAGACUAUUUCCUAGAUGUUUUUGAGGCACCCUUCUGGACCUAUAUAUAUUUCCAUUGUGGAUGGAUUUUUUGAAUGCAAUUUCUACUCAGAUAAUUAAAAAAAAAAAUGAGACUAUAGCUAUACUUUUUAUUAGGAAGGAAUUAGAGAGGAUUAGCUAUGAAGGAAAUUCAUCCCUUGUAAUCCUACAUUAUCAAAAGAUUGAAACUCAAGUUUUUUUUAUGAUUAAUUGAUCUUCUACGUUUA